AUGGCGCUUCUCUCCCUGCUCUAUAUGAUGACGACCGUCGCAACGAGUGUCAUGGCCACGGCACUGACAACCCCAUACGUGCCGCCCAGCGGGUGUACUUCGGCCUUCCAGCUCACUACCAUCACGACCAUCUAUGGCACCACAGUUACGACAAUCACUGUGCUCGCAUCUGAUGCCACAGUCACAGGAUUCUCGGCCUGUCAGCCGUCAGGAUGGAAUAGCGGGAGCACGACAGGUCUUUUUACCUUCAGUCCAGCCGUCUGCCCCCAAGACUGGACAUAUUACGAAAUGUCAUCGACCAAGAAGUAUUCAGCUGCGUACUGCUGCGCUAGUGGCUUCGAUUUUCGAGCACCGUGGUAUGCUCUGCCUACGUCUGCGCUGAGCCCGGCAUGUGCGCGCACAAUUAAAUCCGGCGACACUACUAUCACCGCGCUGCUGGCGACUCAGACAGAUACUAUGGGCACCUUCACCGAGGGGUUGAUCGUGCAUCGUGCAUGGCACGUUUCGUGGGCCAAAUCUGACACUGCGAGCAUGUCCCCUUCGCUACCACCGCUGACCUCGGGGAAAUACCUGGAUUACUGGGAGCCGGGGCAAGUCAUCCCCGAUGGGAUGUUUGACCACCACAACGGCCGGGAUAGCGGCGGGGCGCAGGGGUGGCCUCCUGAGUAUUACUUUGCUGCCAUUGGGGCACCUCUUAUUUUUGCCGCUUUCCUCGCCUGGGGGGGUAUUUUCUGUGUCAUAAGCGGAGAAAGCGCCAUGCUCUGCAGGUUCCAGUCAAUAUGGAGCUUCAGACUAAGUGAUGUACUUAGUUAG